AAUAAGUAUAGAAUUCAUAUGUGCAAUUAACAAAAUAAAAUUAAAUAAAAAACAAAAAGAAAUAUGGGUUUUACUGAUAAGCAAGAGGCUUUAGUUAAUAGUUCAUGGGAGUCAUUCAAACAAAAUCUUUCUGGCAAUAGUGUUUUUUUCUAUACUAUUAUACUCGAGAAAGCACCUGCAGCUAAGGGCUUGUUCUCUUUUCUUAAAGACACAGCUGGAGUAGAGGAUAGUCCUAAACUUCAGGCCCAUGCUGAACAAGUAUUUGGAUUGGUGCGUGACUCAGCUGCUCAACUCCGAGCAAAAGGAGAAGUAGUCUUAGGAAAUGCUACAUUAGGUGCUAUUCACGUUCAAAAGGGAGUCGUUGAUCCUCAUUUUGUGGUGGUUAAAGAAGCUUUGCUGCAAACAAUAAAGAAAGCAUCUGGAAAUAAUUGGAAUGAAGAAUUGAGCACGGCUUGGGAAGUAGCUUAUGAUGCACUAGCAACAGCAAUUAAGAAGGCAAUGAGUUAAACAUGGAAAAUAUGAAAGUUAUAAAUAAAUUUAAUGAAUAAAAUAUGUAUUACUAAAACUUGUUUAACAAGUUCUUAUAAUAAUAAAUGUUGUUCAAAAUA